AUGAAACGCACGGAUAUUCACCAUGUUGCAUUCCACAUCGAGCGAGCGGCGGUGAUGCUCUCGGUGCCAGAAUCGACGACGGUGGCAAGCCUACGCGCCCAGAUCGUCCCAGCCCUCGCUACGCUGGCGCGUAGUAAUCUCCCAUCCGCGCCGCCCAGUAGCCCUGAUGACAUCCAGCUGUGGGAGGACCGCGAGGCCGAGGGUGCACAGGGUAUCCGCGUGUGUGAUGAGGGGAGCAUCAAGAGUCUGGGAUGGGGGCGGUGGAAGAGGCUUAUCCGCGACGAGAGCGGGUCCUUCGCUGAGCCGAGCUAUACCAUCCCAGAUCCGAUGGAUGGCGACGAGCAGGGCGUCUAG